CGCAUUUAAGCGUUGGAGAGAGAAGUUCCACUUCCACUAUGCUAAAAAAAAAAUGGAGUGGGAAAGAGACCAAACUGCAAAUGACGCCAUUGAAGAAGAAGAUGGAGGGAAUAACGUCUCCGAGUACGAACAGUUCAGGGAAGAACGAAUCAAGGAAAACCUUGAAAGGAUGCAAAAGCUGGGUAUUUUCGAACUCUCUCGCGCGUUCCAGUCUACCAAGCCCCCCGCCGUCACUCGCAAGACUCGUAAAACUAAAACCCCUCAGCCGCCUCUCUCCCCUGUGCUUCGUCCUCAACCCAUUCGCCGAUCCUCCAGGCUGCAAAAUGUAACGCCUGUUAGCUACACAGAAGUGCGAGUGGGAAAGAGCCUCAAGUCUUUGGGUUUUGAGGAUGAUUUGCUGAGGGAGGCUGGUUCAAAGCCAGAGACGUAUAGUGAAGAGCAUGAGAAGUUGUUGGGUAGCACUAAGAUGAACUGGACUCUAUUUGUUGAUGGAUAUGGAAAGGAUGGGAAGCGAAUUUAUGAUCCUGUCAAGGGAAAGACUUGCCAUCAAUGCAGGCAGAAAACUCUUGGCCAUCGUACCCAUUGCAGCAAGUGCAACAUGGUCCAAGGACAGUUUUGUGGAGAUUGUUUGUACAUGAGAUAUGGAGAACAUGUGCUCGAAGCAAAUUGUAAUCCAGAUUGGAUAUGCCCUGUUUGUCGUGGAAUUUGCAACUGCAGCUUGUGCCGCCAAGCAAAGGGCUGGGCUCCUACUGGUCCUCUUUACAAGAAGAUCAAGAAUUUGGGUUAUGAGUCGGUUGCACAUUAUCUCAUUCAAACCCGUCGAGCAAAUACCAAUCCUGAGAAUAAUGUACCCAACAGCCCCCCAGAUUCUGCAAAGGGAUCACUGCCUUUUUCAGAUGUGGAAGCAACAUUAUCCUCAGAGAAGGAAUCCUAUGAGGCCUGCAAUGACUCAAAGGAGUUGCCGAAUAGCCAAACUGCAGAGAAAAUAAUGGACUACGAGGCCACUGAAUCCCUAUCCCAGGAAACUAUCCCUAUCCUAGGAAACUAUCCCAACUCCGAUGAUGUGUCAUCAUUGGGGGUCAGUCUAAAUAAUGUCAAGCAUGCGUCAAGCGAUACCAGUGAUGGUGAGCCUAGUCCUGGCGAUCUUGCACCAGAAACGAGUUCAAAAUCAAUAAGGAAGAGGCGAGCUGCUGAGGGAAUCCCGGGUGAUAGCAUUGCUGAAAGGCAAAGGCAGAGGCAUAAUUAGAACAAUUAAUGUCAGCACACUCUUAGGAACGUCGAAAUGUUCAGUAUAAUUUGCUUAAACUGAUGCUGCUGCAUCUUCCCCCUGGUAAUGCAGAGUGCCUAAACCUUUCUGAAAUGGGUGAAGUUUUUAUUGUCUAUAAUAUAUUGCAAGGGUUCUGCUCAACCAUUUUUGCUGGUGUGGCAUUGCACUUUUGCUUCCUGUAAUCCUAUCCAUAAGACCUUGUAGUCCUGUAACAUUUGCCCAAGAACUAUGUAAAAUGUCCUACUUUCAAUAUC